UUAGAAAGACAUCUACACAAAGUCCUAAAAGAAAAGAAAGGUGUUAAGUGGAACUUGAUGUAUCAUUGUACACUCACCAUGCCAGAUAAAUAUCGAACAGAGCCUAUGAUAAAUAAUGGUUACUUUAGAACACCUCAUCCCAUCACCAGCACCUACCCUCAACAGCUCAGGGAGCAACUAAACAUGGCGAUGGAAGCUGUAGAAGAGCGGAUGUCUACCUUUAUGCAAGCUGGCUCUGGGUGGACCCUCUCAAGAAAUCAUGCAUUGGUGUUGGAAAUGGUGGAUUACCAACCCUUAGGUGGGAGUUCGUAUAUAGAACUCCCGAAAGAUCUCUAUGAUACCAAAGCUAUUGUCAAUGUGAAAAAUGAUGACCAGGAAUGUUUUAAGUGGUCAGUCCUGGCAGCCCUCCAUCCAACUUUAAAGAAUGCAGAGCGAGUCAGUAAGUACCAUGAGUAUAAAGACGAACUCAAUUUUGAUGGAAUCGACUUCCCCGUCACCAUUGAUCAGAUUGGAAAGUUUGAGUAACAGAAUCCAGGAAUCAGUGUCACUGUCAUUGGUAUCGAUAAACCAGAGAGAAGCAAAAAGGGAGUUGUCUUACCCUCGAUCAUGUUGCCUCUUAGAGUACCAGAUCAGCAACUCGAAAAGCAUGUCGUUCUGCUCUACUGGGGGCGUGAAGAACAGCAUCACUAUGCUCUGGUGAAAAACUUUAACAGACUUCUCUCUAGAACCAAGUCUCAUCAUGAGCAAACUUUUUUUUGUCAACGCUGCUUUCAAGGUUUCAUACGCCCUGAUUUACUUGAAAAGCAUUCUGAAAUUUGUCGUCAUAUCCCCAUUCAAGCGGUUCAAGUGGUCGACGAAUAA